AUGCUGUACACUGGAACCGUACAGUCAUGCGGAAAGAUCCUCGAAAUCUAUGCCAUAGUUCAACAGAAAAGAUAUAAUGCGGUCCACAAAUCAGUGUAUGGAUUGUCCUAUGAUUUGUAUCUGAUGCAGUUUGCGACGUAUUUCAUAUCAUUGUACUGUACUGUAAUAUACAAGUAUUCCGAACUUGCCGCUAGGCAGUUCUCUGAUAGAUUUCCAUUAUAUUAUUCGCUUAAUGCCGAACCCAUCCCAAUAUCGAUGCCUAUAUUAUUAAUAGACCUCGUAAUGCUGGCGGUAUCUAGUAUAGUAAUUUUUCAACUAUGGAAAUACCGAGCUACUAGAAAUGUGAAGCAAGGAACUUCCCUUUUACUCAUAUGCAUUUUCUUAAUGAUUUUGAUAUUCUCCUAUUUUACCUAUAUCUGUGCGGAAUAUAACUUGCCGGAACGAAAUAGUGGUAGAUUCGGUGUGUACUACAUUGAGCAUGUCAACUAUUUAUGGGUGAUUGGCCAGUUCUUGUCGGCUGUCAAAUACUUACCCCAGAUAUCUUUAAAUUGGAUGGGUAUAUCAACCAAGGGCUUAUCCCCAAAAUAUCUUAAGAUCUCAAUAAUAGCAACUUCGAUAUUACAAGCUUCUAACCUUUGCUCAUUCAUUGAUAAUUUGGAAUUUUAUCAGUGGCCAUUUAAUCUAACUCCAAGGGUGGUCUCAUUUCUUCAACUUAUUUGGUUAGGUAUCAUUUACUAUCAACAUUAUUAUGCAUAUGCAAUGAAUAAGCCAUACCUUAAACGCAUCUAUGAAUGA